UUCAUUUAUGUUUGAAGACUUUGUUAUACAGUACGCGAAAAUUAUCUGAUUGAGUCAUGUCGCGGUUACUUUUACUUGCAUUUUGAUAAGUUUUCAAACUGCAUCGUUUGUCUGUAAUAACAAAUUUCCGAUUGUAACGAUCAAUUUGCUCUAGCUGUUUUGAAAUCAUUAAAGACAAGAAAUAAACAAGUUUUUUAGUUGAAGGUAUAGUGUUGAAUGUAAGCGUAAAAAAGAGCCACACUUGUAGGAACAAAAAAUUUACUCCGAUUGAAAGUGAAAAUUAAUUUUUAAAAUUUUAAUGAUCUUGAGUGAACAUUAAAUGUGGAUUUUACAUUUAAAAGUGAUAUGUUCGAAAGAUGUGGAAAAUCGGUUUUUGUCGAUUAUGUUUCUUAAUUGCAAUCGUUGUAACUAAGACAGAUUCCCAAAAGGCUGCUGAUGCUGAUAAUGAUGUCUUCAACUCCAAGUCAUGCCUUUCGAAGCCAAUACGCUGUCCUCAUCCGCAAAUUCAGUUCUAUCUGUACACAAGACGAACGCAAAAAAAUCCCGAACUCUUAGAUGUGCUCGAUCCGGAGGCAUUUUAUUACACCCAUUUCAACAGAGCUCAUCCAACGAAAAUUGUCAUUCAUGGAUUCGGUGGUGGCCGAAAUUUCUCGCCUAGUCCAGAUAUUCGUGAGGCAUAUUUCAAACGUGGCGAUUACAAUAUCAUUAUCGUUGACUACAGCACAGCGGUUAAGGAACCGUGCCUGAGCCAAAUGGAAUGGGCGCCUAGAUUUGGCGGUUUGUGUAUAUCACAACUACUCAAAUACAUUGGUCGACAUCCGAGGGGAGUGCGACCGGAUGACGUACACUUCAUUGGGUACAGCGUUGGAGCACACAUAGCUGGAUUAGCGGCUAAUUUCUUAACACCCGAAGAAGGAAAGAUUGGAAGAAUAACGGGUCUCGAUCCAACAAUAUUUUUUUACGCUGGCUCUAAUAACACCCGAGACUUAGAUAAAACUGACGCACAUUUCGUCGAUAUCAUCCACACCGGUGCUGGUAUAUUGGGUCAGUGGAGUCCAAGUGGUCAUGCCGACUUUUAUGUUAACGGUGGAACUUCUCAGCCGGGCUGUUCUAGCAGUACAAUAUUCCAAACUCUUGCCUGCGAUCACACAAAAGUUACGCCAUAUUUUAUUGAAUCGAUCAAUAGUCCGAAAGGAUUUUAUGCUGGACCAUGUACGAAUCUGCUCUCAUACCUAAUUGGAUGGUGUGAACCGAAAGACUCCGAAUACGUGUUGAUGGGUGAAGACCUUAAUCACAAUGCACGAGGAGUUUACUACGUUACCACAAAUGCCAAGCCGCCAUAUGCGAGAGGUUAUCCAUCAAAAAAUAAAUCUCAAACACGUAGCGCAACAGAAUACGACAGUGUAAAGAAAAAAUGAAAUGUAGAAAUGAUUUUGCCAAAUAUAUUUUGUAGAAAAAAUGUCACAA